AUGACAUGUGCCCUUGAGCUGCCCAUGUUGUCAAAGAGGGACUGUAAUGCUGGGCAUGCUUGCUAAGAUACAUUUUCCUGCAUGAGAGUGUCUAGUUAUCACAAACAUGGCCUUGAGUCAUCUGAACCUCCUGCGGCCAGUGUUGUACAGAUCUCUGCCAUCAGUUCUUAGGACCUCACGACUGACCAGUUCAAGAGUAUCCUUUCUGCCUCAAGUGAGCCAGUGUCCCGUGGCUCUGCCGAAUUAUGCCCGUCAUUAUGCCACAAAGAAGAGUAAAGCAAAGGCAAAAGGGCAGACAGCUAAAGUGAACAUCAAUGCAGCGUUGGUGGAGGAUAUUAUCAGCCUGGAGGAGGUGAAGGAAGACAUGGCUGCUGUUCUGACUGCUCUGAAAGAAGAUUUCAGCCGCAACCUCAGCGUUCGCACAUCACCAGGUGCACUGGACCACAUUACAGUCACCACAAAGGAUGGCAAAUUUCCUCUCAACCAGCUGGGCCAGAUAUCCAUGAAGUCUCCUCAGCUACUUGUGGUCAACAUGACUGGCUUCCCAGAGGCCAUGGUAGCCGUCACCCGUGCCUUGCGAGAGAGCAGCAUGGGACUCAACCCAGAGGUGGAGGGCACCAUCAUCAGGGUGCCUGUUCCCAAGGUUACUCGUGAACACCGGGAGAAUCUGGUGAAACUGGCGAAGCAGUUCAGUAAUAAAUCUAAAGACUCGCUGAGGAGAGUCCGAUUAAAUGCCAUCAGUCAAGUGAAGAAGAGCAAAGAUGCCGUUUCUGAUGAUACCCUUCACUUGAUAGAAAAACAGAUUCAACAAAUGACAGACAGUUUCACAGCAGACAUCGAUAAACAGCUGGCAACUAAAACCAAAGAGUUACUCGGAUGACAACAAGGCCUUCAAACUUACACAACACCUAUUAAAACCCAACCAUCCCACUAUCAGGUCAAACUGGAACAAAAAAAGCAGCUAAUGAACUCACUGACGGAGGCACUGAAGGUGGUGUUUUGGAGGGUGUUUUUCCCUCAUGCAUAAACAGAUGUUGGCGUGGCACGUCAGUGGUUUAUGGUGCUCCUUGUGUUCUCAUCUGCAAACAAACAAACGGAGGACAAAUGAAGUUUUAAUGUGAUUUGAGGUACUCCUCCUAAUCAAAGCGAUGCCACAAACGUGGUGUUUAUGUCGAAAACACCGCACUGAAUGUAAAUGCUGUGGUGAAAGUCACACAGGGUGAACAACGAGUGCGCGCAUGAUGUCAACAUUUGUUUCACAUUUGCAGCCCAAAAAUAGUCAUUAUUUUCAGUUAUGUGAUCUGAUCUGCUAAUGUAAACUGAUUAAAAUGCAUCGGUUGUUGUUGUG